AUGGAUGAAAUAAAACUAGUGGAAUCAGAUGAUGAAUUAGAAUAUUAGCCUUAGACUUUAAAGACAUAGAAGCAACAUUAACCAAAGAGUGUUUAAGAGAUGAGAGAACAAUUUCGAAUGUAAAUUAGGAAGGAGAGGAUUGAAGAAUAAUUGGAAAAGAAGAGGAUGUGGUUUAUACCAAAAUAGCGAUUAUAGAGUUCUUAAAUGAAUUUUUCGAUUAAUAAUUUAUUCAAUGAAUUGAAGAAUGUAUAUGUUCAGAAAGACAUGAAUGAAAUUUCAUAAAAAUUACAUUUAAUUGCCAAUAUCAUAGAUGAUAGGAAUCGCAUUCAUAGUUUGUAUUUAACUUAAAGGAACUUUCUAUAAUUCAAAGAUUUAUUGAAUGAUGAAUCCUAUUAUAUUGAUACAUAUACAAUUUAUUUGUAAUUAACAUAAGAUGAUGAAUAUUUUUAAUUGCCAAUAGAAGAUAUUUAAUGGUCAAUUGAAAGAUCAUUAGAUUUACUUAUAGAGAAUAAACAAAUAGAUGAUUUGGCUAAUCUAAUAUUGGGUUAUUUGGGAAAUGUUUCAAGUAAAUUAUAAUAAAUCCAGAAUUAUUUAUUAAGCAAAAAUACUAUAGAGAUUUUAUGUUAAUUAAUGAAGGAUUCAUUGUUACAUAAUGUUUGUUAUCUUAUUUAAACAUUAUGUAGCAAUAUACCUGAAUAAUAUAAACCUUAAUUAAUAGUAAUUUUAAAACAUUUGAAGAUCAACAAAAGUUAAGAGAUAUUAUAAACUUUAUUUAUUAUAAAUAAAUAAUGUUUUUAUUAUGAUAAAGAAAUCAAUUAUUUUGAAAUAUUUCAAUUACUCUUUAAUUAUUUGAAUGAAUAUCUUAUUAAUGAGAAUGAUUUUGAAUCAUUUUAUUCUGCUUUACUUUAAAUGAAAUAUUUAUCAGAUUUUUAAUAAUUGUAUGCCAUCUUCUAAUAAUUUUCCAUCUUGGAAAUUAUUAAUAAAUUAAUCAAUUACAAAUACUAAAAGAUACGUACAGCUGUCUUAUAUAUUUUAUAAAAUUUAUGUAAAUAAGGACAUCAUGUAAUUCAAUAGAUAUUCUCAUAAUAAGAAUUGAUCAAAAAAUUAAUCAAUAUCUUAACAACUGAUAAACCAAUUAAUCAAUCUCUUGUAAUAAGAUCAAUUCAACAUAUUCUAAAAUAUGGAAACUAAUAAGAUUUUACAGUACUCAUUAGUUUAGGUCUUGCUGUACACUUAAAAUCUACUAUUGAAUCAGCAGAACCUUAUAUUGUUUUAUAAGGAUUGGAAUGUAUAACUUCACUUAUGAAUUAUGGUUUAUCUUUGUAAACAUAAUUGAAUGUCCCAAAUCCUAUUCUAGCUAUAUUAUAAUAAAAUCAGUUGAUUUAAGCAAUUGAAGACUUGUAGUAUCAUCCUAAUAAAGAGAUUUUCACCUAAUCAUAAAAGUUAAUAACCGAAUUUUUUAGAACUGAAUGA